CCGGCCAAAGCCCUUUGCCCGUUCUUCCCGCCAUUUCCAGCAGAGAGACUUGACCGUUGUAUGGACCAGACGGCGAAGCUCGCCGCUGCACUGUUCAAGAACACCAACAACCCAGCCCUCGCAUGGCAGCUCUUCAAGCGCAUCCUCUCGUCUCCCAUCUCUCCUUCUUCCCCUUCCCAUCACCGCUCCAUCCUCCGAUCAGUGCCCAUCAUCUCCCAAAUCCUAAUCGAUGCGAAGAUGUUCCCCGAACUCGACUCCCUCCAUCAACUUCUUCUUUUACAGCCACUCAAAGGCCCCAAUUCCCCGAUUGUUUCCCUCGUCACGCUUCUGGCCCGAUCAGGUCUUAUACACCAGGCCGUCUCACAAUUCAAGUCUUUCCGGGCUCAGUUUCCUGAUGACCCGCCACGAGUUCAUACAUACAACGUGCUCGUCGAAAUGUGUCUCAGGAAGAACCGUGUGGACUGUGUCAUGUGGCUGUAUAAAGAUAUGAUUUUUGGCGGUGUAGACCCGGAGACUUACACUUUUAAUCUGUUGAUCAGUGCGCUCUGUGAUGUAGGUCGUGUAGAUGAUGCACAGGAACUGUUCGAUAAAAUGCCCGAGAAGAGUUGCGAACCAAAUGAGUAUACUUUCGCAGUUCUGGUUCGUGGAUAUUGUCGAGCUGGGUUAGCAGGGAAGGCUUUGAUAUACUUGGAUGAGAUUAAGAGUCGGGGUUUCGUGCCGAAUAGGGUUGUUUAUAAUACUUUGGUUGCUAGUUUUUGUAAGUACGGUCACACAGAUGAAGCUGAGAAAUUGGUUGAGAGAAUGAGAGAUGAUGGUUUGUCCCCAGAUAUCGUUACUUUCAACUCCAGGAUAUCAGCUCUUUGUAGGGCAGGCAAAGUUCUUGAAGCUUCCAGGAUUUUCAGGGACAUGCAGAUAGAUGUACACUUGGGGCUGCCUCGGCCUAAUAUUGUAACUUAUAAUUUGAUGCUUGAGGGAUUCUGCAAGGAAGGGAUGUGGGACGAAGUGACAACCCUCGUCCAUGCGAUGAAGAAGAAAGGUGAUUUUAUGAACUUGGAGAGUUAUAACAUAUGGUUACUGGGAUUAAUUAGAAAAGGGAAGUUGUUGGAGGCUCGGUUAGUGCUUGAGGAGAUGAAGAAAAAUAGCAUGGAGCCAAGUAUUUAUACGUAUAACAUUGUGAUUGAUGGUCUCUGUAAGAACGGUAUGCUGUUUGAUGCCAAAAGGGUGAUGGAUACAAUGAGAAACAAUGGUGUCUCUCCUGAUACAAUAACUUAUACCACUUUAGUCCAAGGAUAUUCCAGUAAAGGGAAGGCACUGCAAGCCUCAACAGUGCUCAACGACAUGACGAGGAAUGGUUGUCUACCAAAUAUCCAUACUUGCAACAUCUUGCUGCACAGCCUCAUGAAAGAGGGUAAGACAUCCGAAGCUGAAAAGUUGCUCGGGAAAAUGAAUGAGAAAGGCUACGGUUUAGAUACUGUGACCUGCAAUAUUGUGAUUGAUGAUUUGUGUUUCAGAGGGGAACUGGACAAGGCAAUUGAGAUUCUGAAUGGGAUGUGGAGUCAUGGAAGUGCUGCUCUUGGUAACUUGGGGAAUUCAUAUAUUGCCUUGGUUGAUGACACUAACAACGGAAAGAAAUGCAUGCCCAAUUUGAUCACUUAUUCCACUGUGAUCAGUGCAUUAUGCAAGGCUGAUCGGCUGGAAGAAGCUAAGAAGAAGUUUGCUGAGAUGAUGAAUAGAGACUUGCUACCUGAUAUCGCUAUAUACAAUACGUUUAUAGAUAGUUUCUGUAAGAAGGGAAAGAUAUCGUCUGCUUUUCGCGUACUUAAAGAUAUGGAGAAGAGGGGUUGCAACAAGAGCCUGCAAACUUACAAUUCAUUAAUCCUGGGUCUGGGAAAAAAGAAUCAAAUAUUUGAAAUAUACGGACUGAUGGAUGAAAUGAAGGAAAGAGGGAUACGUCCUAAUGUCUGCACUUACAAUAAUUUUAUCAGUUGCUUAUGUAAAGUGGGGAGAAUCGAGGAUGCAAGUGCUCUUUUAGACGAAAUGCUCCAGAAGGGGGUCUCACCUAAUAUUGCCACCUUCGAAAUACUGAUCAAGGCUGUGUGCGAGGCUGGAGAUUUAGUAGUGGCCCAAGAGUUGUUUGAUAUAGCUCACACUACAUGUGGACACAAGGAACCUCUCUAUAGCUUAACGUUCGAUGAGUUACUUGCUGGAGAGGAAAUCAAAGAAGCUGAACAGCUGUUCAAAGCUGCACUGGCAAGAAACUUUGAUGUGGAAAAGUUCCGAUACAAUGAACUAAUUGAAAAGCUAUCUAAAAAUGAGAAGUUAGAGAAUGCUAGUGGCAUUCUUCAUAUGAUGAUUGGUAAAGGAUAUCGAUUUGAUCCUGCAGCAUUCAUGCCAGUGAUUGAUGGAUUGAAUCGUGAGGGAAACAAGCAUGAUGCUGAUGAACUUGCAGAAAUGAUGAUGGAGAUGGCAUCUGAUGAGAAGGUUGCUAAUAAGAGUGAUAUGAACAAGGAUAAAUUAUCUCGAGGAAGACGAGAUGACUCUGGUAAAGGCAGCUGGCGGACCCUAGUCCACAGAGAUGAUGGAAGUGGGAUAGCAGCAAGAACCCUCAAACGUGUAGAAAAAGGCUGGGGUCAAGGGACUAUAUCAGGCAUGCAGCAAAAGACAAAAGAAUCCGUCGACUAUUGGGAUGGCUACGGUUAAUUAGUUUUAUGUCUCUACAAGUACUCGGAAUCUUCUGUACCUUGGGGGAAUUGCUGUGCGCAGACAAGAAGAGCGAAGAAGGGUUAAAGUUUUUUUCAAAUGCUUGAAGACAACUUUGUUGGAUUCAAUUGCAGGCUUCAGCUGUCUGCUCAGCAGGCUUCCUUCUUCAAUCUUUGGUCACAAGAUCUUCUGAUCAAUUGCCCUAGCCUUAACAUGAUGAUGGAUAUUCCGACUCUGGAUGCAACUUAGUUGAUAUCUCUUUCCAAUGAUGGUCUCCUUUGUACAUGAACAAACCAUAGCGGGGCUUGGUCAGGAUAAGGAUUUCAGAGCUCAGUGGUAAGUUGGGAUAUGCUUGGACUGCCAGUGUAGUUGAUGCUCAUCAUUGCGGUACUUCCCAGUGCGUCUACCAAACAACCAGGCAAGU